AUGUCGACUGACAAUUCUUCCAAGAAACGAAAAAAGAGCGAAGCUUGUCCUUAUUUGGACACCAUUGAACGAUCACUUUUGGAUUUUGACUUUGAACCCUCUUGUUCCGUCUCAAUGGAAUCCGGCCCCCAUGUCUACGCUUGUCUCGUAUGCGGUAAAUUCUUUCGAGGGAAAGGAAAGAGCACUCCGGCCUUUGUGCACUCGGUCAAUGACGGACACUAUGUAUACGUCCACUUGACCAAUGGCACCUUUCAUUGUCUGCCAGACGACUAUGAGAUUGUGGAUUCUUCUCUAUCGGACAUUUCCGCUGCGUUGCAUCCCACCUUUUCGAAAUCAGAAAUUGCCGCUCUAGAUGCCAAUAUGGGGCUGGCCCGAGACUUGUUUGGACGGCGAUACUUGCCGGGAUAUGUGGGCCUCAACAAUCUGCACAAGACGGAUUUUGUCAACGCGACGGUCCAAGCCUUGGCACAUGUUCGGCCCUUGCGAGAUUACUUUUUAAGCUUGACCAAUAAGGAGUUGUUCAUACAGUCUUCCAGCAGCAAGAAAAAUAGUAAGAAACCCAAAAAGCCACCCCACAAAAUCUCGCAUUUGGCCUUGUGCUUUGGCGAAUUAGUCCGCAAGAUUUGGAGCGACAAGCGAUUCAAGAGUCAUGUGGAUCCACACAAUUUGAUACAGGCAGUCUCGAACGAAUCCAAGAAACGCUUUCAAGUGGGGACGCAGGCAGAAGCCGGGGAGUUCAUGUCAUGGCUACUGAAUCAAUUGCACAUUGGGUUGGGGGGAAGCCGGAAACCCGGCUCGAGUAUCAUUUACAAGACCUUUCAAGGAAAGGUGGAAGUCACCACGCAAAAAUACAAAGUGCUGGACGAAAAAUAUGAGGACAAGAAUGGAAAAGAUGGUGACGCGGGUGAUGCCGCAAUGGAUGAGGUUGAAGAAACGGUUAUUGAAACAUCCUUUUUGCAACUGACAUUGGACAUUCCCGAAAAGCCACUCUUUCGGGACGACGAUGGUGGGCUUGUCAUUCCUCAAGAGCCCCUCAUCAACGUAUUGAAAAAAUUUGAUGGCCUAUCCUUUUCUGAUGCAGUCAGUCAGAGUGGGGUGGCACAACGGAAACGAUAUCGACUUUUGGAGCUACCACCAUACCUCAUCUUGCAUCUUGGGCGAUUUCGAAAGAACAAUUACUCAAGAGAAAAGAACCCAACCAUUGUGGCAUUCCCUGUCAAAAAUUUAGAUUUGGGAGCAUACACCUUUCCAAAAAAUGGCAAAACGAUUCCACCAACAGCAGAGGAAGUGAAGCACAUGAGCGUGAAGGAGUUGAAGGCUCUGCUCACAAAGUAUGGACAGGAGGCGAUUGCUACCACUGCAUUGGAAAAGUCGGAACUGCUGAAUGCAGCCACAGAUUUUGUGAUUACCAAACUUCCCGACCUUUUGGCGGACAAGUACGAUCUAGUGGCCAAUAUUACCCAUGAGAGUCCGGCCGAUGUUGGAAGAGAGGGCAAGCAUGACCCGCUGCAGGAGGGGUUCUACAAAUGCCAUGUCCAACACAAAGCUUCCAAACAGUGGUACGAGAUGCAAGAUUUGCAUGUCCAAGAGACCAUGGCACAACUCAUUGGCGUAUCCGAGAGCUACGUUUUGGUGUUUGAAAGAAAGUCAGAACAAAUGAAGUACGAUAGCUCUAUAUGA